GGAGGGGAACGUAUACGCUGACAAAACUCAACCUGCACCCGAAGGACCCUUAUAGGCACCCGCUAUCUCACCCAAACACAGCAGACGGUGGGACCAUGAAGACUGUGGUGGCGCUGCUGCUGCUCUGUCUGUGUGAUCCUGGACAGACUGACUGCCAGACAGACUGUCUGUCCUGCAGCAACAUCCUGCCCAAACAGCUCAGUUUCAACACCAUGGUGUGUCUCACUGAGUGUGAAGCCAACAUCUCACCAGCCUACUCGUGGGACUUCUGUUGUAAGUUACUGUCCUCGCCAAUUUCCUCAUUUACUGGUACCAUGCCGAAAAGAUCUCAGGAGGAGGUGGAGGCUCUUUUUCCUGAGGAGGAGGAGCAAGUGGAGGGAGGUCUGUUGCUGCCCUUUGCAUUACAGAGGUACAGUCCCUUGACCCGGGCGCUCGGGGUGGACGAGAGAGAUCUGGGUGGCAAAGGCAGCCAGCUGAACACUGCCUACAAUACCCAGAACGCCCUGUCUCUUGAUGAUGAAUAUGAGGAGGAGGCAGGGCAGGACGAAGGGGCUGCUGAUGCGGCAGCAAGAGGACAGGGUGAUGCAGGGCUGAGUGUCUCCAAAAGGUUCGGCGGCUUCGUCAAAGGGAGGCAUGGCUACAGGAAGCUGAUGUCUCCUGGAAGAUCGUACCAGAAGAGGUAUGGUGGUUUCAUCGGCAUUCGGAAGUCAGCUCGCAAGUGGAACAGCCAAAAACGUUUCAGCGAGUUCCUGAAGCAGUAUCUGGGGAUGAGCACUAAAGCCACUGAGUACAACAGCGUCUCAGAGGACCUCACCCAACAGAAUGAAGUUUAACAAUGUGCACCUUUACGUCACUGACAUAAAACUAUUUCCUGAUGUAUUUUCACUGAUCUUAUUUUGUAUUUCACCAACAUGUCAAACUUUAACUGCUGUCACAAAAGUUGAAAUAAUUAAAACUAAGUAAUUAACCAAAAAGAGAAAACUAAGUCCAUAAUUCUAGGUACUGAAUCGAAGGCAACUUCAGUUCUUAGAACUGAAGAAGCCUCUUGGAUGACAGGUGAAAUGUCUUCAAGGGACUAAAGCGAAUUAAGUUGUCUAUGAUUUGGAACCUACAAUAUCCAUGACCCAGAUGACUGAGAAUCUUCACCAACACUAAGCCCAUGAUCUAAGACGGCCAUUGGUGUCCUCUUUGUCAUAAGAUAUAACAAUUUAACUUUUCUUUUCCUAUCCCUUUUAAUUAUGAAGCAAUGAAUUUGCCUUUAAUAACCAGACCCUCUAUUAUUCCUUUUUCAGACAGCUUAAUCCUCCAGUCCAAACCUUUCAACCC